AUGGCAUUGUACCAUAGCUGUGAUGGGCAGUGGGAACAACUUGCUACAACGAGUGGAGUCGGCAUGCAGGAUCUGGACAGGUUCCUGGAGUAUGCUGCGACUUUCUUAUCCAACGUCGGAAAUUACUUUGGUUCCGGCGACCAGAAGUUCACACCUGAUAUUACCGAGGGGACUCUUACAAGACUGGCUUCGGCGUCCUCGUCUGCCAGUAAAGUUCUUGAGAAAAUCAAAGGGCCAAUGCUUAGUGCCCUUCCGCACAGUUUAGGUCGCCCGGGGCCCCUGACUCAGUCGUCCUACUAUCUGGGAGAAAGUUGCCUGGAGUCAUCGGAGGAUGUUUCCCGGAUAUCGAAACUUAUGGAAGACCAAUGUAUCUUGCCCGAAAAUACACGGUUGAAGAGAUACACGAGCUCUGGAACCGAUUGCUAUGAUAUUGUACAAGCAUCAGUUGUUGAGGAUAAGUCUACGCUGGGAAUCCUAAGUGGUUCGGACGCAUCCGACAAAAUAAUACACUUGGUGAAGGGAGACCACAUAGAGGAACUUAGGCAGAUAUGUGAUUGUUUGCACCAAGCCAUCCCAUAUGCAUCGAGCCCAGCCCAGCAAAAGAUGCUACAGCAAAUCAUCGACAGUUUCCAGACGGGCAGUCUCGAAGCAUAUCGGGAAUCUCAGAGGACUUGGGUCAAUGACAAAGCACCCCCAGUUGAAACCGUUAUAGGCUUUGUUGAGCCGUAUCGCGAUCCCCUAGGUAUACGUUCAGAGUUUGAAGGAAUAGUCGGGAUACCUGAUCUUGCGGAAACCAAGAUACUAAGCUCUCUUGCAAGCAAAGCAGACCAAUUUGUUUAUAAGCUUCCAUGGGUUGAGGGCCAUGGUACCCACAAGGGUCCAUUUGAAAAAGAAUUGUUUGAGCCACCGGAUUUUUCGAGCAUCAACAGCCUUGCGUAUUGGUCGAGCAUCAUCUUCCCCGGAAUUAACCUGCCUAAUUAUAACGAUAUCCGACAGAAUACAGGCUACAAGAACAUCAUAUUCUCUAACCGCAUGGUGUCUGAGAGCAGCCGAGCAAGGGGUUUACAUAUGGUUGAUAAACCCGAGCAGGACACGUUCAAGAAGCAUCGGUUCCAUGCCUACUACAUCUGGGUCGUGUUGCACGAAAUUCUCGGACAUGGCACGGGAAGAUUCUUGACCGAAUCUUCCGAUGGAAGUCUCAAUUUCAACCCAGACGAGCCUCCACUGAAUCCUCUCACCGGAAAUUCCGUGGAAUGCUGGUAUCGGGCCGGGCAAACAUGGACAGGAGUAUUCAAAGACCUUGCAACAACAGUGGAUGAAUGCAGAGCAGAAUUGGUUGGCGCUUACCUGAUCGAUGAUCUAGACAUUCUGCGCAUUUUCGGAUACACAGAGCAGAGCGAGGUCAAGCCCGAUGACAUCGCCUACAACAUGUAUUUGCAGCUAGGUGUAGAUGGACUUCGAGGUCUGGAGAAUUAUGAUCCCACGACUAAGAAAUGGGGGCAAGCACAUAGUCGAGCACACUUUGCAAUGUUUCGCCAUCUUCUCCGCGACAGUGAUGGCCUCUAUACUGUCAUAUGUGAUACUGAGAAAAUGACGUUGACAGUCAAAGUUGAUCGUUCCCGGGUCAUCUCUCAUGGAAAGCCUUCGCUUGGCCGGAUGCUCAUGAAACUUCAUAUCUAUCGUUGCACUGCAGACAUUUCGAAUUGUCGGCACUUCUACGAAGAAUUAUCCCAAGUAGACGAUGAAGCCCUGACAUGGAGAGAUAUCGUUAUCUCCAAAAAGGACCCACCCUUGGCUUUUAGCCAGGCCAAUACUUACCUUGUAGAGAACGAUGUGAAGAUCAAGGAGUAUGAACCCACUGUUCGGGGAAUUAUUCAAAGCUGGGCCGAAAGAAGUAUACACUAG